UAAAAAAAUAAUUUUGUUCAUUUAACAGGAAAAAAUGUGCACGCAUUGCAUGUGACACAAAAGUGUCAAACAUCAACUCAGGUCUUUGCAUAUUAUAGCAGAUAGAUAGAUAGAUGCUACAAUCUGGAUUGCUGUAUUUGGAGAUUGCAAAUUUGAAUGAAGGACACAAAGCCAAAGCCAAAGCCAAAGCCAAACUUAUGAGUCUAGGAAUGUGCCAAUUUGGAAUGCACCUGUAAAGAGUCACUUACUUCACAGAGUUCAUAUUUUAAAGAAGGGAAAACUUCCACAUCCAUUGUUGCUUCUGAGCUUUUGAAGUUGAAGUCAUAGGGUGGUUCCUUUAUAGGAAACUCCGAAAGAAAAUCUUCACAGUUUGAUGUCAGAAGGUACAAUGGCAAUUGUGAAACCAGAGAUGAAGUCUUACAUCUGGGUCCAAACUGCUGAUGGUUCAAUCCAACAAGUGGAGGAAGAGGUUGCCAUGUUUUGCCCCAUGAUAUGUCGAGAAGUACUUCAAACAGGCAUGGGAUCUUCCAAAAACUAUGCUAUAUCUCUUCCUCAACGAGUCAAUCCUGCCGUCUUGGGCUUAAUACUUGAUUACUGUCGGUUUCAUCAACUACCUGGCCGCUCUAAUAAGGAGCGGAAAACUUUUGAUGAAAAGUUCGUUCGUUUAGAUACAAAAAAGCUAUGUGAGCUGACAUCUGCUGCUGACAGCCUCCAGUUGAGGCCUUUGGUUGACCUUACAAGCCGUGCACUUGCUCGAAUGAUUGAAGGGAAAACUCCUGAGGAAAUACGUGAAACAUUUAAUUUACCUGAUGAUCUUACGGAGGAGGAGAAGUUGGAGCCCUUGAGAAACAUAACUGAUGAUCCACGCAUCAGGCUUUUGAAUCGGUUAUACGCUAGAAAGAGGAAAGAAUUGAAAGAGAGGGAGCGAUUAAAGAAUGUUGAAGUUGAGGAAGAGUGUGUUGAUGAACGCUCAGUCGAUGAACUCUUAUCAUUUAUAAAUGGUGGAAAUGGAGAUUCGAAAAGGGCUACUAAGAAUAAAAAAAAAAACCGGAGGAGAAAAGAUCAACCAAGGGAUUCUUCUUCAAACAAUGAGAAUGGAAGCCAUGAUAAGAAUGAUAUGGUUGACAUUGUGGCUACCCCAAAUAUAACCUCAAAAUUGCAGGAUUCUACAUCUGUUGCCUUUUCACCGAAGCUUGAGUUUGAUGAUAGUGUUUUUGAGGAUGAAUUAGAUCCCGCCAUGAAGGAAGAACUUGACAGGGAAGUGGAGGAUUUUGCCAGGAGAUUGAACUCUGUUUGGCCAGAAAGAAUGCAGGAGAUUCUGUCAUUGGGCCAAGAUAGAAGACUUGUACCAAUCUCUGCGAAUGGCAAUGGUUCUUUGAAGAGAUAUACUGGCUUGGACCAACGACAGUGAUCCAGUUGGCAAAUUGCCCAUUUCUCACACCGUGCAGCUUGAGCACUUUCGGACAAUGUUCUAGAAUGGGGUGUCCGCCAGAGCCUAGGAAAGGUGACGAUGUCUUUGCCAUGGACUGCACGCACCAAUGUUGUUUUUGCCCUGCCAUGUCCAAAAUACAAAUUUAGUCCUUGGGUUGUCCUCUAUGUUGGGAAAAGAAAAAAAGAAAAAGGAGGGGGAGAAAAAAUAAAACAGAAAGAGAUGAAUCCCAUGCAUUUGUAACUUCUAAGCAUCAAACUUGCAAUGCUCAUUUCACUUUCCAUUUUCGUUUUCUUUUUCUUUUUCUUUUUUCUUUUUUUCAGUUGAAUUAAUUUCAAAUUUUUUCAUUUCAUAUGCGGUGGGCAUGUCUUUGAGCGGCCGUGAUAAAUGAGCAAUGAUGUUGAAAGUGCUUACUUUUUUUCUUUUUCUUUUUUUAAUCUUCACAGAAACUUGGUGGUAAGUACCUUGUUGGUUUCGAGUUUGCUUUGUAUUUGAGAAAUGUAGACGAUGUGAGGCAUAUGUGAAGUGCUUAAUGUAAUUAUGGCUUUUAAGCAUUUUUUAUGAAGAAUUUUCUGAGAAAGUA